AAAGGACGUUCCCUGCCUGUGGACAGAAGCUCAUAGAACAGGAUUUGAAAAGAAACUUGACAUCUUCUGCUGGGGGAAUCUAUAGUCUUGGCCUACCAGCGUCAAAACGAUGGCAUAUCCACUCUUACAUGUCUUUUUACUUGGAGUUAUGCUUCCUAUAGCUUCGUCCAUGAAUCCAUUUUGCAGUAGUAAGAUGGACGAGGGGAAGGCAGUGGAGGGAAAGGAAGACGACAAACAACUGCAGUAUUACUACAAUGAGGGAAAAGGCGCCUGUUUUCCUUUCUUCUACAAAGGACUGGAAGGGAAUGAGAACCGCUUCAACACAGACAGGCAGUGUAUGAAUGCCUGCUCUGACAAGUUUGAAGAGCUCUACCCAGCUGCAGAUGGAGUGUGUGGCCUCCCAGUGGACCAUGGUAGUUGUUUUGCUAUGUUGCUGAUGCACUACUACAACGCAGAAGAGGGGAACUGUCGUGUCUUCCACUACAGCGGCUGUCAGGGCAAUGGCAACCGCUUCGAGACCCGAGAGCAGUGUCUGCAGACAUGCAUGGCCAAAGCAGGAAGGUUUGGUGGUGCUAUGGAACCAGGAACCAACCCAGAUGAGAGUUCCACUAAUGCAGGACUGAUUGUGGGUAUUUUAGGAGGAAUUGUGUUCGCAGUGGCGGUGAUCUCUGCUAUUGUUCUUUUUGUUGUCCAAAGGAAGGAGAAAUCAAGAAAAGGGAGUGAGCAGGUACCAACUCUUGAGAUGAAGUAAAGAUGCAUCACCCUCAAGCCUUGUUUUGGAUUUUGUUUAAAUGUGUUAUGUUUUAAAUGUUGUACUCUGUUUUGGUUUAAUAAAAAAGGAAAAUGUA